AAAGCUUUUUGACAAAUCAAAUGCGACUAACUUCAUGUGAAUACAGAAAAGUUAUAUUUUCAGCUUUAUUUACUAAUUUGAAAUGCCGAAAAAAGAAAAGGAGGCAAUGAAGACUAAAAUUGACAAAAAUAAAAGUGGCGAUAGCGAUACAGAGCAGAGUCGCCCAGAGAAACCAUUGUCGGCUUUAGCGUCCGGCCCCCCUCCCCCUGCGGCCAUAGUACCUCGUACAGCUGAUGGCCCCCGCCCUCCCGGUUGGAACGGCCAGCCUAGAAGACAUGGAUCCAGCAGGUUCAACGUACAAAACCACAACCAGGAGCUCGUCAAACUACCGCCUAUUAAAGAUGCACCGGCAGCAGAACGUGAACAGUUGUUCGUACAAAAGUUACGACAAUGUUGCUUGCUGUUCGACUUUGCGGACGAACCGCUAUCGGAUCUCAAAUGGAAGGAGGUGAAACGCGCCGCGCUACUCGAGAUGGUGGAGUACGUCACGUCUCAGCGCGACGUCAUAACCGAGGCCAUAUAUCCGGAGGCCGUCAAUAUGUUUGCCAUAAAUUUAUUCCGGACGUUGCCUCCUUCUUCGAACCCUAAUGGAGCGGAGUUUGACCCUGAAGAAGAUGAGCCCACACUUGAGGCGGCCUGGCCACAUCUGCAGCUCGUUUACGAGCUGUUUCUAAGGCUACUUGAGUCACCGGAUUUCCAGCCCAACAUUGCCAAGAAGUAUAUAGACCAGAAAUUCGUAUUACAGUUAUUAGAACUAUUCGAUUCUGAAGAUCCCCGUGAACGGGACUUCCUGAAGACAACUCUUCACAGGAUAUAUGGGAAAUUUCUAGUUUUACGUGCCUACAUAAGGAAACAAAUCAACAAUGUAUUCUAUAAGUUUAUUUACGAAACGGAACACCACAAUGGCAUCGCGGAACUACUCGAGAUACUAGGGUCCAUUAUCAACGGAUUCGCGUUGCCCCUCAAAGAGGAACACAAACUGUUUUUACUUAGGGUAUUAUUACCGCUACACAAGGCCAAAUCGCUGUCGGUUUACCAUCCACAGCUAGCGUACUGCGUGGUGCAGUUCCUUGAGAAGGACCCUUCGCUCACGCAACCCGUAGUUAGAGCAUUAUUAAAAUACUGGCCGAAGACACAUUCGCCCAAAGAGGUUAUGUUCCUAAACGAGAUGGAGGAGAUAUUGGACGUAAUCGAGCCGGCCGAGUUCCAGAAGAUUAUGGACCCGUUAUUCCGACAGUUAGCAAAGUGCGUUUCCAGCCCGCACUUCCAGGUGGCGGAACGAGCCCUUUACUACUGGAACAACGAAUACAUAAUGUCACUUAUAUCUGACAACGCGACGCACAUUCUACCGAUAAUGUUUCCUUCGUUAUAUCGCAACACAAAGAGUCAUUGGAACAAAACGAUUCACGGGCUGGUAUACAACGCGCUGAAGUUAUUCAUGGAAAUGAACCAGAAACUUUUCGAUGAGUGCACGCAGCAAUACAAACAGGAAAAACAGAAGGAGCGCGAAAGGUUGUUACAACGGGAGGAGCUGUGGCAGCAGCUGGAGGCGCGCGCGGCCGCGAAUCCCGCGUACCGCACGCCCCCCGCCCCCUCGCCCCGCCCCCCACUAGGCGACACCGCGCCCCCCGGUGACCUCUCCUACCAGCACGUGGAACGCGAAGCGAUGGAGGCGCGGAAGCAGAACUACAACGCGAGCAAACCGCUCCUCCGAAAGAAAUCGGAGCUCCCCGCGGAUACGUCCACGGUGAAAGCACUGAUCGAACACAAGCGGGCCGACCCUUACCUAACCACGCCGCCGGACGUGAACCAGUGCUAGCGCACCACGCCCCAUACGCAAGUUUGGUCCAGAUCUUGCUAAGGUAGGCAGUUCAUACUACGCGAUGCGGCAGAUCGUAGACACGCGUAGCCGUCCGUAGCACAUACGACGCUUGUAGCGUUCCGUAGAUUACGCUCGUGCGUAUUCACUCUCACGUAAGCGUGUUCACUCUAUUUAAAAAGUCGCGAAGUGUUCUUUGAAAUAAGUCUAUAUGAGUUUUCCUUUCACAUCCGCUAAGUGCUUAGAAAUGUUGGUACAAUGACUUGACUAUCCAGUCGGCCUAUGCAAAACUGAUCUGAUAACUGAAAUAUACUGAUAUUCGUUUCAUUCUUACAAAUUUUAGACACACAUGUAAAAUUCGAUUAAUAUGUUAUUGUAGCUGAAUAUAUACAUAUAUAUUUGUAAUCUAUUGUAAUGCAUCUUACAGAUGGAUACUUAUUCAAUUAUCAAAGAUAAAAUGUUCAGUUAGUGCUGUAAAAUAAACGCCGUAGUAAUAAACAUUUUUCAAUUUAUGCUUGACUAGAUAAUGAGCGAACAUCUUAAACAUGGAACUAGUGACGAAGUAUAACAUUAUACUCUUCUGUCAUCCAUUAUAUAAAAACUGAGAUAACCCUUCAAAAUAAGUUUUGUACAAAUCAUAAGUCAUAACAGAAGUUUUCUAAAGAUAAAUAUAAUUAGAAAGACUAUGGCUGUUUAUAUCUUAUGAAAUAUUUGUGUACUGUUAGUACGAAAUGCGUGCCUACAAUUAGCAGACAAAAUUUAUAUUUCCGAUUUAAAAACAAUUUAAAUCGAGUACAGAAAACGGCAACCUGUGCAAAGCGUCGCACGAUUAAUGCUGCUAACUUACAUGUAUGUUUCAUGCAGCUUGUAUACAAGUCGUGUCCGUAAAAUAUAUAGAUAAAUAGGCUGAACAUCACUGUAUGUGCAUUCGUAUAAGUGUUAUAUGUUUUUCACGGAGUUAACGCAUCUAAGUAGUUUGAAUGUUGUUAAUUAUUGUGAUUAAGCCAAACUUGCGUUUGUUGAGAGUUGUCUCUAGACUGGUGUUGUGUGGUUAGGACAGAGGUGUGAAACGUUAUGUGCGAAAAGACGCUUCAGUAGUGACACAAUGUUGCAAGACGCGCCGUGGUACGUUGAAUAAGUUAGUUAGUACACAUACAAUUAAAUUUGUAGUUUUGUUGAUGUUUUUAUAUAUCAAGAGGGAUCGACUGCUGAAAUUCCAUAUCUUGCCCCUCCCUUUCCGUUAGUAUAACUUAUGUGCUGGCAGCUAAUAACAUAGUAUUUAUCACUUGAUAGUAAAUAUCCGAACAGAAGGAGGCGAAAGUAACGAAUUUUCUUUACACCUCUCAGAUGAAUGACAGGUGACAUUAAGAAUUCUAUCGAUUCGGCUUGGACUGGUGUGCGGGGGUUUAUUAUUUUUUUACAUUUAUAUUUUCAUGCAAAGAAAUCAAAAAUUCCUUUCUUUCGACUCCUUCGGCGCGUUCCGUUCUGAUUGAUAUGCGUUUACCUAAGCGUGGAUUUCUGAUGAUAUCGAUUAAUUUAUUGUCAUAAUUCGUCACCGAUGUACAAUUGAUGAACUUAUAACUAGCGCUGCGUUGCUAAUACACAGUGCGCUUCCAUUUUCACAUUACUCAAGAUAUUUAUGUGCAAAUGGAAAAGCCACAAGUAUAUCGACUUUAUCUGAUCAGAGCAAUUAAAGUGGGCGUUAAAUAUUAAACUACACUCUUUAACACAUAUUUUAUAAAAUAAUUCAGGUAUGCCAUGGGAUAAUAUUAAAGUUUGCGUAGUUGAAUCCGUCUCGUUACAUAAGUCGCUGAAUAUGAUGCACUGCUUUUAAUCUCAGCAGUCGAUCUACAUCCAAAUGUCUAUCACGUUACUCGAUUGGCUUCGAUUUGAUUGGCAUCGGCUUAAAUCACAUUCAAUGGUCAAUACAAUUAGUCACCUGGUAAGUUGUGUAAGGUCAAUACUGAUUUGUUAAAUGGAAACAAAUCAGUAUUGACCUACAAUGUUUACGUUACGGUGUCAGUCACCGCUCUCUAAGAAACCACGCCAUUUUGUUUACAUAGACAACGAACAUUCUAAUGAUGUCAUUCUCUGCUGUAUUACGCUUAACCAAAGCUUAACGCGUUCAAAACAGAAUGCGGUUGAUUCAAGCCAAUGCCAAUCAAUAAAAUCGUAUCCAAUCAAAUUACGCGGUAGGGCAGCAGGGCGGAACGUUGAGGGUUAGAUGUUAUCUUGUUGCUGGUCAAUAUUGGUUUAUCGGUAUAGAACGACGCCCGCUGUCCUGUUUAGGUUUACUUAUAUUAUUUAUAUAAAUAAGUAAAUGUAUAGUAAAGAGAGAACACUUUAAACAUUGUGUAAAAAAAAGUUAUUAAUCACGUACCUUUUAAAACUUUAUAAUAGGAAUAAUUAAUAUUGGCAUUAAAAUUAUAAAACUUGGAAGUUGAAUUUUCUUUACCUGCAAUAAAGUUAUCAGUUAAACACUUUGUUGUAAUGCAAAAAUUGUUUCAAUAAAAUAAUUGUGCUUAUUUAUUAAUCGGAAUGUGUUGUUUUCUGUUAGUGUUCUCUGUGAGCUAUGCAUAUUAGAUUAAUGCACCAUUCCACUGAUAUACCACCAGCAUCGCGAUGAGUUCGAUGAUGAAAUAAAUAGUUAUAAUAGAGAUCAGCCAUAAAACAACCUAGUAUGAUAUAUGAUUUAUUAAUUUUAAAACCAAAUAUAUAUAUAUGCAAUUAAUUGUGUCUCUGUUUGAUAUGAACACAUCUUUUAUAGAAUCAUGUGGUGUAUUUCUAUUGCUAAAUUAUGUUAAAUGGAAAGCUGUAUUUAUGUCAAACAAAGCAUAAUUUUUAUUUAUUAAGUGAGAAUGUAAGGGCAGGAUCGCAAGCGAGCUAACUAAAAAUAAACUUAGCAUUAUUAGCAUAGGCUAAGCAUUUCCUGCCCGCACGCGUUCCGCAUUUAGAUUAUAAUUUAUAUAGAUAACUUAUUUUGGAAAAAAUUAAUGAAACUAAUUGAAAUUGAUACUGACAAAAUAUACAAGCAGUACAUUUUUGAUACUGAUUUUUAUUAUCACUUCCAUUUUAACUUGUGAUGGAAUUUUAUCAUUAAUUAGCUUUUACAAGCAGCAUUAUACAAUUCGUAUGUAAUCAAUAAAUACACUUCAGUCAAAGUUUGCUCUUGUAUUAUUUAAUAAAAAGAAGUGCAAUUUUGUCAAAAGAAAAAAGUAAUCUUUGAACCUUAGAACUUACACCAUCUGAUCGGGCCUUAAUAAGAGUUGAAAAAUCCAAUUUAUUUAGUCAUAGGGGUCUUACUUGAUUAAUAUAUAUAUAACUUGUCUUACAUUGUAUAGCAUAACUACCAAUACAAAGUAUACAACAAAGUCGCUUUCUAAGUCCCUAUAUCCCUAUGUAUGCUUGAAUAUUUAAAACUACGCAACGGAUUUUAAUUUUUUUUCAUAGAUAGGGUGAUUCAAAAAGAAAGUUUUUAUGUAUAAUACAUAUAUAUAUAAUGAUACAUAUAUAUAUAAUACAUAUAUAUAUAUAAUACAUAAUAUAUAUAUAAAUACAAUACAUAUAUAAUGAAUUCUAUACGAAAAAUUGACUAGACCAAAUUUUAUAUUUUGUGAGACAAGUUAAAUAAAAACAUAGCCAAUUGUCAAAAGUAAGUCGAAUGAUGGAGAACGGAGCUUUCUUAAUGUGCCUGGAUGGUUCAAAGCACCCGAAUAUUAUAAAUUUAAUUAUUUUUAUUUUAGUCUUCAUGCUAAUUCUACUACUUAUAAAAUCUCUGACUGUGUAAAGUAUGUUCUUAUCGGUAGGUUUAUAAUAAUUAAUGAUAUUUUGUACUGGGACAUGUAUAAAAACGUACGUUAAAAUUGAAAGGACAACGACCAACUUCGUUGCAAAUGUGAUCUUUUGAGCAUUUUGCGCUUAUUUAUUCUUAAAAUCGCUUUGUAAUAUAAUAAUAUACCUUUACUAAACAUUCCGUAAUAUUAAAUCAGUUUUGCUAGUAAUGAAAGAAGAUAUUUUGGUUUACAUUUUUAAUAUAAUAUUUGUAUGCAGUAAAAAAAUUUGUUUCGAAGUAGGUCGUUGACUUCUUAAUACAAACGGCUGCACUUCAGGUUACCAUAAUAUGUCAAAUUUCCGCAGUUGAUUUUAAACCUUAAUCUAAACGCAUUAAAACUUAAAAUCAAAUUGAGAAAUUUGACAGUUUUGUAUAACCUAGCGUGCUGUUAACUGUACAUAUUUCUUAAAAUUAUAGCAAGUGACUGUAUUAGAUUGUAAUUCACAGAUUAAAAAACGUUGUUUCUCAUCAACAGAUCUUGUUUUUUUGAAAGAGAUGUUAUCUCAUAAGUUGUUUUAGGUAACAAUAAUAAACAAUUCAAAAGAUCAGGCUAAGUUUAAGUAUAGACCUAUGUUAUUGAUGUAUACGUAUCAGCAAUCCAAAAUUGUAUAUUUUGUACCUUUAUAAUGUCGAUUAAAUGUCAAUCGUAUACGACAAUAUGAAUUUUAAAAGAUGUAGUAAAAUAACUAGACCCUAUCUACAUUAAUAAGCAUUUAUGAUGUAAGUCAUUAUCAAAUUAAAAACUUUUAACAUUAAAUAUUAUGGUGAUCAAACAUGAAUCUAGCACAGUUGCUUGCUUAACAUUAAGUGGUAAAAUUCAAAGAGCGUGAAGCAUGCAUGAGAGAACAGUACCUCACAUUAGCGAAUUAUUUGCAAUGCUGUUCAAAAUAAAUUGAUAAAUUUUGUAUAAAUAUUCAUAACGAUAAUGUAACUGUUGAAAACAAAAUAUUGUAACAGAUGACAUAUUAUAAGGUGCUUAUGAUUAUCGUUAUAAUACAAAGUUGUGCAUAU